UAUUGAUAUCUCAAAAUGAAGGAUGAUAAGUUAUCAUUGAUAAUUGUGGUUAUAUUCCUAAUCAGUUUGGAAGAACGUGAACGAAUAAAAAACAAUGCUUUUCUGUUUUUCGUAUAUAAAAGCUAUACUACAUCAAUGUGUGAUCAUCAUUGGUUACAUUCAUGGAACUUCAUCAUCUUACAUUCAUUAACUCUUCGUAACAUUAAUUUGUUAACAAAAAAAAAAAAAAUGAUCACCUCAAGAGUUGUUUUGAUUUUGGCGUUAGCUUGUCUUACCAAGGCUAAAGCAGUUCCAUGUGGAAAUUAUCCGUACCCUCCUCCUUGCCAGCUAAACCCUUAUUUCCUACCACCACCUCCACCAUGCCCACCACCCUGCCCACUACCUUGCUUACCACCGUGCCCACCACCAUGCCCUCCACCAUGCCUUCCACCAUGCUUCCUACCAUGCCCUCCACCAUGUCCACCACCUUGCCCACCACCUUGCCCACCACCUUGCCCACCACCUUGCCCACCACCUUGCUCACUCCCUUGCUUACCACCGUGCCCACCACCAUGCCCACCCCCAUGCUUCCUACCAUGUCCACCACCGUGCCCACUACCAUGCCCCCUUCCUUGCUUACCACCAUGCUUACCACCAUGCCCUCCACCAUGCCCUCCACCAUGCCCUCCACCAUGCCCUCCGCCAUGCCCUCCACCAUGCCCUCCACCAUGCCCUCCACCAUGCCCUCCACCAUGCUUCCUACCAUGCCCGCCACCUUGCCCACCACCUUGCCCACUCCCUUGCUUACCACCGUGCCCACCACCAUGCCCACCACCAUGUCCACCACCAUGCUUCCUACCACAAAAUUUAAUACCAGUUCCAAUAACUCCUUUACCAUGUGCACCACCAUGUGCACCACCAUGUGCACCACCAUGUGCACCCCCAUGUGCAUGUCCUCCUCCUCCAUGCUCUCCAUGCUAUCCAGGAUGCGGAUUAAGCCCAUAUUGUUAAUUAUGAUGAAUUUUAUACUUUUCUACAAAAAAAAAAAUGGAUUUUACUCACCAUAAAAUGGAUACGACCACCAUGUCACCUACUCACCUUCCACGUUCAUAUUUCACUCUACCGACAUUCUCGCAUUUGUAGAAUCAUGUUAUAAACUUUAUCCCACCGACUCCAUGGAAGCUUAAAAAUGUCGACAUCACUUUUAUAUUAUUUAAAUUGUCAUGCAUUUCAAGACUCAAUAUAUUUUAUUAUGUUAUAUAAAACUGUUAUACUUAUAAUCAAUAAUCCUUAAUUUUGUAUGUACUCUUAAAAAUGUAAGUAAUAUAACUAUGCGACCGUUAUUUUGAAUAAACACUGAACAAUUCAUUAUCCAUGUGUAGAAAAUCAAGAUAUAAAAACAAUUAUUAUAAAAUAUGUGCUUGUACAA